CAACAGUACACUUCAUUUGGAGGACUUGCCUUGCUACAAGAGGUUUCCUUUUGAGUAUCCUCUUUCUCCACCUUCAAAAUAAUCAGAUUUUUCUUUCCGAUUUUUUUCCAAGUAUUUAUGGAAUCAAGAUUUAGACAACUGCAUCAUAUUCUGUUAAUUGGUGCCAUCUACACAUGAAGUAUUUGAACCUGAAAUAUCAUUUCUUGUGAAAGCCAAUCUUUUCAGCUAUGACUGAACGAGGGCUUACACCUACUAUUACUGAAACACCUCCUAUAGCUCCCAUUAUCAAUGGGAGUCCCAUGCACCAGAUGGAGAGUUAUCCUCUGGACACUACUGUUGCAACACAGUAUACUACCAAUUAUUCACAAAUGAUGACUCAUCCCAAGAGAUAUACCAGAUGGCCUUCUUGUCCUCAGUACUGGAUACAACAAGUUAUACUGGUGCAAGUUAAUCCUGGAGAGACCCUCACUAUCAAGUCUGAUGACGGGAACAUUCAGAACAUUCAAGGACCUGCCGAUGUACCUCUGAUGUCACCAAGUGGUACUUUGCCACCAAUAUAUCUUCCUCCUGGCUACAUGUCUCAAGUAGUAGAAGAAAACGGGAUCCGCAAAAUUAUUAUUUUGCCUCAGACAAUUGACUAUCACAGGUCCAUGCCUGCCUCUAUGCAACGAGCAUCACACUUCGUAACACCAUCCUCUCCUAUGUAUCCACAAGCUCCUCAACUGAUGUAUCCCCCAGCUCAAGGGGAAUUUCCACCACCUUACACCCAAGAGUCUAUGCCACAGCAACUGCCACCACCACCACCAGCAGCAACAUUUACAUAUCAAGAGCAUCAUGAAAACUAUUCACAUGGAAGAGCAAAUUAUAACCAACUCGAUGAAAGACCUGUUAAAACGGGAGAGCAUACGAAGAAAAAAACAAGAGAACGCCAAGUUGGUGGACACAAGAAGAGCUAUAUGGUUAACAACACCUCUUUGCCUGUGAACAAAACUAAUGAUAGUUCCAGUAUUUCUGGUUCUCCAAACACUCACACCGUAAACUCUGCUCCAACACCCUACACUGACAAUACUUCCCACAUUUACACUGUGGACAAUUCUCCAAGCACCUACACUGUUGACAAUACUUUGAGUACCUAUACUGUGGACAAUACCUCGAACACUAACACUGUUGACAGUACUUUGAGUACCUGUACUGUGGACAAUACCUCGAACACCUACACUGUUGACAAUACUUUGAAUACCUGUACUGUGGACGAUACCUCAAACAUUUACACUGUUGACAAUACUUUGAGUACCUGUACUGUGGACGAUACCUCGAACAUUUACACUGUUGACGAUACUUUGAGUACCUGCGCUGUGGACGAUAACUCGAACAUUUACACUGUUGACGAUACUUUGAGUACCUGCACUGUGGACGAUACCUCGAACAUUUACACUGUUGACGAUACUAUGAGUACCUGUACUGUGGACGAUACCUCGAACACUUACACUGUUGACAAUACUUUGAGUACCUUUACUGUGGACAAUACCUCGAACACUUACACUGUUGACAGUACUUUGAGUACCUAUACUGUGGACAAUACCUCGAACACUUAUACUGUUGACAAUACUUUGAGUACCUGUACUGUGGACAGUACCUUGAACACUAACACUGUUGACAGUACUUUGAGUACCUGUACUGUGGACAAUGCCUCGAACACUUACACUGUUGACAAUACUUUGAGUACCUGUACUGUGGACGAUACCUCGAACAUUUACACUGUUGACAAUACUUUGAGUACCUGUACUGUGGACGAUAACUCGAACAUUUACACUGUUGACAAUACUUUGAGUACCUUUACUGUGGACAAUGCCUCAAACUCUUACACUGUUGACAAUACUUUGAGUACCUUUACUGUGGACAAUGCCUCAAACUCUUACACUGUUGACAAUACUUUGAGCACCUUUACUGUGGACAAUGCCUCAAACUCUUACACUGUUGACAAUACUUUGAGUACCUGUACUAUGGACAAUACCUCGAACACUAACACUGUAGACAAUACUUUGAGUACCUAUGCUGUGGACAAUACCUCGAACACUAACACUGUGGACAGUACUUCAAGUACCUGCACUGUGAACAAUGUAAACACUUACACUGACAAUACUCCCAGUACUGAUACCACUGACAAACCUGCAAACACUAACAUCACUGACAAAACUCCCAGAAAUUCUUCCACUGACCAUGCCCCUAGCACUUCCAUCUCAGACUCUACUCUGUGCCCUGCCACCACUGAUAUUAUUCUGGGCCCUUCCAACACUAAUUAUGCUCCCCAAACUACCAUCUCUGACAGAACUCCCAGUCAAUCAAUGACUGACAGUACACACAGGCAAUCAACAAUUGACAGUACUCCCAUACCAUCAACUAUUGACAGUACUCUCAUACCAUCAGCUAUUGCCAGUACUUCAAGCUCUUCUAUUUUUGAUAGUGCUCCUAACACUUCCAUCUCUGAAAAUGCUCCCAGCACUUCUGCUAUUGAUAAUGCUCUCAGUACUUCCAUUUCCAACACUGCCAGUACUCAGGUUGAGACUAGUCAUGGAAAGAAACAGAAAGCUACAAGAGGCGAAAACAUCAAGCAGAAACCAGGUGGAAAACGAAAUAAGAGCCCAUCACCAAAUGUGGUGGAAAAAGAACGCAAAACAGAACAUGGAAAGUCAUACUGUUUCAGCACUGAGAAACCUGUGGUUUCUGAUAUUCAAACAAGAUCUGCUGUUAUUUCAUGGAAUCUGCGUGAUUCUGAGAAAUGUGAUCAUACUAAAUCUCCUAUAACAUUUGAAUUGGCCAUAUCUAACAGUGGUAAAAAUGGAAAAUAUAAAAAUGUGUAUAUUGGCGAUGGAGUUACAUUUACCCUACUUGAUCUACAGCCAUCCACGGCCUAUUUUUUAAGAGUCACAACUAUAAGAGGCUCAGAACACAGAACUGUGUCUGAAGUGGUCAGCUUCACAACCCCAGGUUGCGAACCGGACCCUCCACUUGCACCCAAACUGAUUAACCGAUCCAAGAGCAGCCUGAAUUUACAGUGGAAAGGUUCCAAUGAUAAUGGUUCCAAAAUAAGCAGCUUCCUUUUGGAAUGGGACGAGGGCAAAGGCGAAGAUUUCAAAAGUUGCUAUACGGGUACCAUGAAACAGCACAAGAUCCUUAAACUGAGUGCUUCUACAAAAUACUCAUUCAGAUUAGCUGCCAAAAAUAACUUUGGCUUGAGUGAUUAUAGUGAAAUAGCAGUCUUCCAUACAUCAGGAACUAUUCCGCCUACACCUUCACCUCCUAAGCUAAAAGAAGCAGGAAUCUGUAAUUUGUCACUAGAAUGGUGUGCCCCAGCUAACGCAAACACAAAUACUCUUACUUAUGUACUGGAAAUGGAGGAAGCAGGAUCUGGGUUAGGUUUUAAACCUAAAUAUAAUGGAGAAGAUCUCUCAUGCAUUGUAAGAAAUCUUCAAAGAAGUACUACAUACAAGUUUAGGAUCUUUGCCUACAAUAUGGAAGGAAGAAGCAACCCCAGUGGAGAAGUAAAAUAUACCACCUGUCCAGAUAAGCCUGGAUCGCCUAGAAAACCAUAUAUAAAGGGAAAGAUCCAUGCGCAUAGAGUAAAAAUUGGAUGGGAUCCGCCCAAAGAUAAUGGUGGAACAUACAUUUCAAGUUACAGUUUAGAAGUUAGUGAAAAUUCAGAUGUGAAUCUCUGGAACAUAAUCUACAGUGGCGACGCAAGGGAAUUUCUAUAUGAUCACCUGCAACCUGGUACCGAAUAUAAACUAAGAGUCUUUUGUACUUCACCGAUAGGCCAAAGCCAGCCUUCAGAUAUAUUGACUAUACAAACACCUACUAUUUCUCCAGAAUCUUGCCAUCCUCCACUCAUGAAAGGCAACUCUCUUGCUAAUGGAAACUCUGAAGCACCUGUGUAUGUCAAAAAGGCAAAAGGUAACGAAGAUAACACACAAGGGCACUCAAGCUCUGAAGUGAAAUGCACAUUGAGAUCUCAUUCAAUGAAGUGUGAAACUGCACCGGUUCCAGGCCCUCCUUCUCAAUGUGGUACACCUGUGCUAACCUGCAAGGGUCCGACCUGCGUUAUUGUUACUUGGGGAACUCCUGUAUGCAAUGGUGCUGAAAUCACUGAUUACAGACUAGAAUGGGGACAAAUCGAAGAAUCAAUGCACUUGAUUUACACUGGCCCUUGCCUGAAUUAUGAAGUUAAAGGUCUCAUUCCUGCAACUACAUACUUUUGCAGAGUUCAGGCUGUAAAUACGGUUGGGGUUGGAAUGUUUGGAGGAACUGGCAUAGUAACCACACCGGCAACCAUACCAGCAGUAGUGCCGAUGUUACAUGAAGUUGAAAACAAAGUGCCUGCCAAAUCGGCAUCAUCUUGCAUUGCUAUUCAAUGGGAAGAACCAGACUCCCAUGGCUCUCCAAUCACUGGAUAUAACAUUGAAUAUGGUGACAGAAAAAUUUUGACUGUUAAUAGAGUAACAGAGUGUCUUCUGAAAAAUCUACAGCCUGACACUACAUACAAAAUCAGAAUUCAAGCUAUCAAUCAUUAUGGACUAAGCCCCUUUAGCCAAUCAAUAAGAGCUAAAACCAAGCCACUGCCACCUGAGCCCCCACAUCUUGAUUGUGUGGUCUAUGGACACCAGAGCCUCAAACUCAAAUGGGGUAACUCUUCAAACAAAAGUUUGCUUACCAACGUUAUAAGCUACAACUUGUUAAUGGGAGAUCGGUCUGGCAGAUUUUCUGUCAUUUACCGUGGACCUUGUCGGACUCACAAAGUGCAAAGAUGUAAAUAUACUCAAUACAAAUUUAAAAUCCAGGCAUGUAAUGAAGCUGGUGAAGGACCACUGUCCAGCAUCUAUACUUUCGCUACAACCAAAACUCCACCAGCCAAACUUAAAGCACCUAAAUUACAUCAGCUGAAUAACAAUAUUUGUGAGAUCAAAUGGGAGGCUUUGGGGCCAAUAAAAGGAGAUCCCAUUGUUUACAAUCUUCAACUCACCAGUGAAAAAGGAACUGACCUGAUUUACAAAGGACCAAACACUUCAUUCUCCUUUUCCAACUUUCUUACAAAUUCACAUUAUCGCUUCAAGGUCUGCGCUGGACGCCAAUAUCAAAAUUCUGCUGGGAUACAAGAGCUUUGGGGAUCAUAUAGCCCCAGUGCUCUUUUCUCAACUCACAAGCAACAGCCAGGGUCUGGCAAAGGCGGUGGAGGGAAAGGAAGAAACAAUGCUAAAGAAGAGAAAGAAGAAAAGCCUAGGAUAGAGAUGAGCGAUGAUACAUUUAUUCUAUUCCUUGUUAUGGGAUUUGCAAUUGUUGCCAUCCUUUGUGCUGUUGCAAUCCAACACUUCCUAAUCAAUUAGACUAUUCUUACACAUUUUCAUCUUCUUAGGAAGUUCUGAAACAAAUUACAUCAUAUAUAGAAAUUGUUAGAUACACCUCAAUUCUUAAAAGAAAAGCUCAUUUGGUAGAAAUUCUUAAAAACUUUUACCUGACAGUGAAAGAACUGCCUUAAUAUUCAAGAAAUUCAUUGUGACAGUAGAAGAGAUUUUUUUAGGAAAUAGAUCUAUUUUAAAUUGCAUAAUUUUAGCAACAAAAACACUCCAAUUAUUAUAUAAAACUAAAAUCUCUAAUGGAAACUAUUUCCUGCCUUAAAUUUUCAAAUGAAUAUUUUGCAAACUUUUUAGAAUUAUGAAAAGACAACAUUUUAGAAUUUUA